AGAGUAAAAAUAGAAUAGGGUUGGAGAUGCCCUGAUCUAUUAAAGAAAACGUCAAUUUCGUGAGAACCAGAGCAACACGCAGCUACACGAAACUCAAAUUCCUAUAAACAAUAAAAGAGAGAGAGCUUUGAGAAAGUUGAUCCACUUCGACGAUUGUCGUAAUUAGCUAAAGUUCAAUCCAUCCAUAGUUCGAUACAAUGCCGAAGAAUAAGGGAAAGGGAGGAAAGAACAGGAAGAGAGGAAAGAACGAAGCUGAUGACGAGAAGCGUGAGCUUAUCUUUAAGGAAGAUGGCCAAGAGUACGCUCAAGUCCUUCGCAUGCUCGGAAAUGGCCGAUGUGAAGCCAUGUGCAUUGACGGCACCAAACGUCUCUGUCAUAUCCGUGGUAAGAUGCAUAAGAAGGUCUGGAUUGCAGCAGGUGACAUCGUCCUUGUUGGCCUGAGGGACUACCAAGACGACAAAGCUGACGUCAUCCUCAAGUACAUGUCUGAUGAGGCUAGGCUUCUCAAGGCCUAUGGUGAGCUUCCUGAGAAUACCCGUCUUAACGAAGGCAUUGUUGGUGAUGUUGAUGAAGAUGACGAUAAUGCGGCUGAUGACUACGUUGAGUUUGAGGACGAGGAUAUCGAUAGGAUCUAAGUCUAUUUUGCUUGGCCUUGUUCCCAGCUUGUAAUAUCAAAGUUUGAUGAUGCACCCAAGAUUUGGUGAAAGCAUGGAUGUUAAAAUAAAGAAAAUUGUUAUGUGUUUCGUAUCCCUAUUAUCAUUUUGUUUCCCUUAAUAAUUUACGGAAUGUUAUCAGAAUCGAAAAAACAAUCUGUUAUACAAUGAUUUUACAGGUAAAUAUUAUCUUGUCUUGGC